AUGUCGUCGAAUGAUUCAAUCAGUUUCUUUGACGAACUUAAGCCUUUCUUGGAAAAUGUGAUUACGAAACCGGAGAGUUUCAUAACUACAGAUCAAAGUCUUUCCCUGGAGGCUCUGAAAAUUACUAAAAAGUUAUAUGAUUUAGGUAAAAAUGAAGAACAGAAAGAACCUUUGCAAUGGGAAGACAUAACACAUUACAAUGCAGUUGAAGAAUUGAAAAUUGAAAAAUUGAACAACGAGCAAAUUUGGGAUGAACUUUGCAUGCAAAAUGAACCGUUCUUAGAAUACGUCAAAGAGCAACUGGAUGAUCUAGACGAACUAAUUGGUGGAAGCGAACAGCACGAAGACGAUGAAGAAAAUAAUCGAGGCAGUGAUUCAAACCUUAGCGAAGCCGCUGAAAUUGAUGACAAUGUUUCCGAGGUCAGCAGCGAGGAAAUUGAACCUUUAGAUGAGGAAGGUGAAAAAGACGACGAUAAACAUAUGGAUGAUGAAUUGACCGAAGGUGAUAAUGAUACCGAAGAAGAAAUCACGAAUUUUCACCCUGAACUUGAUGACGAAUUUUUUAACUUGGCUGAAUUCAAUAAAACCACCGAGAACGAACGAUCUUUUGAAAGAAUCCCACCUAAAUGUGGUUUUCUGAAAUUUUCUUUGUUGUGUAAGAAACCUGAGAUUCUUAAUCGAAUAGAUCCUGAUGAAUUGGCUGAGGAGGAUGAGAUAGAUGGCGCAAUAAUGUAUAAGCAGUUCUUUGACCCUCCACCAAAGAAGAAGAAUCGUAAAUCCAAUAGAAAAGAUAACAUUUUACAUGACGAAUCGAUUGGGACAAAGGUUAAUUUCGAUUCUGAAAAAAAUCGUGAGGGAGAGCGUUUGACACAUAUCGUACAAGAUCUGUUUGCUCAGGAUGAAAGCGAUGACGAAGAUGGGGAAAACAAAAAAUCUGCAUUCGAAAAGAAACAAGAGAAGAUAAAAAAACAAAUCGAAAGGUUGGAGAUGGAAAAUGUGGCAGAAAAGGAUUGGACACUUAUUGGAGAGGCGUCAAGUAAAGAUAGACCUCUGAAUAGUCUGUUGGAAGAGGAUCUGGAAUUUGAUCAUAUUGCCAAGCCCGUUCCCGUUAUAACCGAAGAGGUUACAGAAAAACUUGAAGACAUGAUAAAAAGGAGAAUUUUGGAUGAAACAUUUGACGACGUGGAACGCAAACGUGACCCCAAUUUUAGGCCUUUCCUACCUUCAAAACUGGUUGAAGUAUCGACCGAAAAGUCAAACAAGUCACUGGCUGAAAUUUAUGAAGAAGAUUACUUUAAACAAACCUCUAAAGACCUGCCUAAUGAAAAAGACGACGCACUAAGUAAAGAACAUCAAGAGAUUGAAAAAGGUUUCAAAGAAUUGUGUUAUAAAUUGGAUGCUUUGAGCAACUUUCAUUAUACACCGAAGCCGCCUAAGCCUGAAAUUACCGUUAUUACCGAUGUACCAGCCAUCGCUAUGGAAGAUGUAAUACCCGUCAGCGUUAGCGAUGCAACACUGUUAGCGCCCGAAGAAGUAUAUGAUAAGAAAAAACGGGAGGUCAAGGGUGAAACCGAAAUGGAUUCCAGUGAGAAGAAACGAGUACGUGCAGAAAAAAAGCGAAUAAAAAAGAAAGAGAAGGCCUUGAAGGAACGCGAGAAGAAAGUAAUCGAGAGGUACAUGCACCCACUGAUUAUCCGUUACACAUCUGCAUUGUUUUUAACCGUAUUACCAUUUGUCAGGAUGAAUCCUGGGAUGGGGAACAAGUAUGCCAAAAAGAAAAUCCUAGACACUUUGAUCGGACAAAAGAACGUGACGAUUAUCGACAAGGACGGCACGCAGAAGUCCACCGUAAAGAAAGGCCGAGAAAUCGAUAUACGUUCUACGAAUCUAAAAUUGUAA